AAGGAAAAUCGGCAACAGCGCACUUCUGUCAAGAUUUUCGGCUUGGUGUGUGCUUUUAAAAGCAACUUCUUCAACAAAUUCGGCGUUUUUCUCUAAAAUUACGAGUUUUUCUUGCUUCUAAAUUGUAAUUUCACGCCGCCGUGAUGGGGAAAAAGAAGCAGGACAACUCUUCGUCUGAUUCGGAGGGCGAGAACGAGUAUCAAGUGGAGUCGAUCAUAGAUCGUCGGGUGAAGAAGGGCCGAGUGGAGUAUUACAUCAAGUGGGAAGGAUACUCGGCCGAAGACAACACCUGGGAGCCGAUUGACAAUCUGGAUUGCCAGGAGCUCAUAGAGGAGUUCGAAGCAUCGCGACCGUCUUCGUCCAAAGAUGACUCGAAGGACUCCAUCUCAAAGUCAAAGCCUCGAAAGUCCGGCAAGCGCAAAGGAAUCGACGAUGAGUCCGAUGAUGAGAGCGUGACGAAGAAGGCGAAGAAGAUUCCAGCCAGCUCCGAUGACAGCGACAAGGAGGGCGAGACGGAGGCCAAAAAGGAGAAGCCAGAGAAAAGCAAGACUAAGAAGCCCAAAAGCACAGAUUCUGACAACCACAGGGCGAAGAACGGCGACACGAAAGAGCUCGUGCCGGAGACCAUUCUAGGUGCUACGGACAUCAACGGACCCCUGAUGUUCCUGAUCAAGUGGAAGGGCACUGACAAGGCUGAGCUGAUUCCCGCCAAGGAGGCCAAUAUCAAAUUCCCUCAGGCGGUGAUCGCGUUCUAUGAGCAGAGACUCAUUUGGCACUCCGUGAAGGACAAAACUAGUACUUAAGCAAGUGAAGAUACCUUUUCCCCGAUGUUCUUUUCUUCAAAUAGUAUCCAGCAAUUCUGAGAUAGAGAUUUUACGCGAGGGUGCAACCUUUGCCACACUGAAGUAUCUUAAUUUUUAAGUUUUUUUUUUAAUACGAUAUUCUAUCCGAAUCAUCCUUUAUGAUUUUCCGUUAAUAUAGUUAAUGUUACGUUACACUCAAUCUCAGAAUUGACACACGCAGAAGUGAAUUCUCAGUAUUCUGCGACUUCCGCCUAAUUGAGAGACCCCAAAGGAGACGUUCCGACCGGAAAUGUGUCUCUACAUUCCCGUUCUCCCUGUUUUGAUUGGAUCUUGAAACAGAAUGACGAACAUAAAAUUGUUUGAAUUAGAUAUCAAUUGAUAUUCAUCCAAUUUAUCAAACAUUCGGGAAACAUUGUUUGAAAUUAUGAAGUAUUUUGUAUUAAAAAUGAAUUAUUCAAUAAUAA